AUGUCGCCGCUGAGGGUGCUCGAGGCCGCCGCCGGCCGGGACGGCCAGGCCGAGGCCCACGCCAUGUUUCUGGUGGCGCACACGUCCGAGGCCAUAUCGCCUCUGCCGCCGUCGCUGGAGCGGGGUCUCGUCGCCAUCGCCAUCCACACAUAUCUGGCCAUCAUCCGCGAUUACCGGCUCCCGUCGUGGGCCUUUUACCUCGCCAUCGGUCUGCUGUGGGGGCUCAACUACCUAGCGGCGAUCCUAGGCAUCGUGAUACAUCGCUGCAGGGCUGCCCCGGGCGGCCUAUACGUCCGCGUGAUGGCUUGGACAUCCAGCUUCCGCCGCGUGCCACGGACGACCGAAGGCCAUCAUAACCCGGGCAGGCGGCCCAGCGCACAGCCCCUCCGACAGCCCACGGCCCUCACGUCCGCGACCGACAGCGACGGCGGCACCACAGCCACGAAGCCCAGCGCCCCGCCGCCGCCCGCCCCGGAAGCCGAGCAGCAGCAGCAACAGCAGCACAUCGGCAAGACGGGCGUGCCGCUCGCCUACUUCACCUUUGCGGGCGCCGUCAUCACCCUGGGCGGCUUCCUGGACGUGCUGCUGUACUCGUGGACCCGCCGCGCCAUCGUCUUCUCGCCGGGCGCCCGCCCGCCCAGCCAGGACCUGGGCCUCUUCACCUUCAACUUCAUGCGCACGCCGCCCGGUCGCAAGCUCGGCAACGUCGUCUACGUGAGGGGCGGGGCGGGCGCGGGCGCGGGCGUGGGCGUGGGCGUGGGCGUGGGCGCGACGGCGCCGGACGCUGCUGCCGCUGCGGCCCCUGCGGUGGCCAUCUUCGCCACGCCUGUAUACGACAGCGGUGAUGGUGGUGGUGGUGGUGGUGGUGGGGUAGCAGCGGCAGCAGCAGGGACCCUCAUACCGGCGGGCCGUCGGAACCUAAAAGGAGCCACAGGCAGCAGAACAGGCGGCAUGACGCACCUGGCGGCGACAGGGAAGCGCCCCCGCCAUGACGAUCCAGUGCGAGACCGUCACUUCGGUCUCUGUUGAAGU